GCAGCCUGGCUUUUCAUUUUUUGUUCUCCAUGGACCAUUCUCGUACUUCAUUCCCAAAAAUACCCAUGUUGGCUUUGCAUCAGUAAUAGGCAUAAUUAUUCCAUCUUGAUUGAUACCUAAAUUGAGACUAUUGAUAUGAUCGGUAUUGCAUCAGUAAUCUGCUAAAAUAUUUUCUGGUUUGAUGGUUUCAUUCAUUACCGUAUGAGGCUGUAACUGUAUAAUCAUUAAGCAUAAAUGAGGCAGUAAUUAAUCAGUAAUGCUGAUAAUUUUAAGGAUCUGAAUUCUUGCAUGGGUAUAUUGGUACAUUCAAUCAAUAUCAAAUAAUUAAUAAAUAAUACUCGGUUUGCUGUUCUACUCCUUCUCACAUGAACUCUCCAUUUUCAAAUACUCAUCAUUCAAUGCACAUUUCCUUCUCAGAGAUCCAGCAGAGACAUCUCAUCCUCUUCUUCCAAAAAAAUCUACAGCCAACAAAAUGAAGAUGAGGGUCUCUCCAUUGGCCUCUCUACCCUUCGCUGCAGUUCUAAUAGCUGCGUUUUAUUCAUCAUCUGAAGCAGCUGGUUCACAAACUUCUUUUGAAGAUAACUUUAGUAUAAUGUGGUCUGAAGAUAAUUUCAAGACCUCUGAAGAUGGGCAGACCUGGUUCUUCUCCUUGGACAAAGAAACAGGCUGUGGAUUUCAAACCAAGCAAAGAUACAGAUUUGGAUGGUUUAGCAUGAAAAUGAAGUUGGUCGGAGGUGACUCUGCUGGUGUUGUGACAGCUUAUUAUAUGUGUUCCGAGAAUGGGGCAGGGCCAGAACGAGAUGAGCUGGAUUUUGAGUUCUUGGGGAAUAGGACCGGACAGCCGUAUUUAAUCCAGACAAACGUGUACAAGAAUGGGGUUGGAGGCCGUGAAAUGAGGCACAUGCUUUGGUUCGACCCCACUGAAGAGUUCCAUUCAUAUUCCAUUUUAUGGAACAACGAGCAAAUUGUAUUUUUUGUGGAUAGAGUUCCCAUUAGAGUGUUCAAGAACAAUGGUGAGAAAAACGACUUCUUUCCUAACGAGAAGCCCAUGUACUUGUUCUCCAGCAUAUGGAACGCAGAUGACUGGGCCACAAGAGGUGGGCUUGAGAAAACAGAUUGGAAAAAUGCCCCAUUCGUGUCAUCUUACAAGGAUUUCAGCGUGGAGGGGUGCCAAUGGGAAGAUCCAUACCCUGCAUGCGUAUCAACCACCACCGAGAAUUGGUGGGAUCAAUACGAGGCUUGGCACUUAUCUGACUCUCAAAAGACGGAUUAUGCUUGGGUGCAGAGAAACCUUGUGAUUUAUGAUUAUUGCAAGGAUUAUGAUCGAUACCCGACAUUGCCCGGGGAGUGUUCUUUGAGUCCGUGGGAAUAGGAGCUAGCAAGUGAGAUAAUUUUGUAUCAAACUUUUUUGUUUGCAUUUCAAUUUUUUUUACUAGUAUGAAAUAUGUAUUUUGUUCCACUAUUGCAUUCAAUAAUGGGGUGUUUAUAUAAUUUAUUCAGUUAUUCUAGCAGUAUGAGUUAAGUAUAUUUGACCAGCUCUAUUUUUGGAUGAUUUUUUUAAUCAUAUAUUUCUAUUUAUUCAGGCAUUCCCGUUAUGUUGUAAAUAGAAAAAAAAAAAAAUCUUAGGUUAAUCACCGCUUAAAUUUAAUUAGAAAGAA